AACCAGAAGCAAACUUGUUAAUUUACUAUUUUCAAUACAUCGUCGCUUUAUGAUCUGACAAUGUGCCACAAUUUGUUGCUGAAGAAUUACAAACUUUACAACGAGUUUAACUUCAACAUACUAGACAAGAACUACAUGCAUAAGAAAUAACCUGUUAUGGAUUAUUUACUUGUAACGCCCCAGUUGCACAGCGUCUUCUCCUCGCUGGGAUCCUUCGAGGGCGACACCUAUGUUGUCAGUCCCAAUGCGUUUGCUAUAUUGGAGGAGAUCAACUAUAAAUUAACCUAUGAAGAUCAGACAUUGCGCACCUUUCGGCGCGCCAUCGGCUUUGGCCAGAAUGUGCGAUCGGAUUUGAUACCAUUGCUGGAGAAUGCCAAGGAUGAUGCGGUGCUGGAGUCGGUCAUACGCAUCCUGGUGAAUCUCACCGUGCCAGUGGAGUGCCUCUUCUCCGUGGAUGUAAUGUACCGUACCGAGGUGGGGCGUCAUACCAUUUUCGAGCUGAAUAAGUUGCUCUACAACUGCAAAGAGGCCUUCACCGAUCCGAAGGUCACCAAGAGCGUCGUUGAGUAUAUAAAGCAUAUACUCGAAUCGGAAUCAAAACUAUCGCCACAGAAAUGCGAUCGAAUCAACAAUUGUCUGUUGCUGUUGCGCAACAUUUUGCAUAUACCGGAAACGAUGCUGCAGUCGAACAGUGGCCACCAAGUUUCCAUGCAGAACACCAUAUUGUGGAACCUCUUCAUACAGAGCAUUGACAAGCUGAUGCUCUAUCUGAUGACCUGUCCGCAGCGUUCGAACUGGGGCGUGACCAUGGUCCAGCUGAUCGCGUUGAUUUAUAAGGAUCAGCAUGUAAGCACACUGCAGAAGCUAUUAAAUUUGUGGUUCGAGGCCUCCUUGUCAGAAAGUUCCGAGGACAAUGAGAGCAAUACAUCGCCACCGAAACAGGGUAGCGGAGACUCCAGUCCCAUGCUGACCUCCGAUCCUACUUCGGACUCCUCGGACAAUGGCAUGAGCGGCAAGAAGGAGGGCUGCGAGGAGCGACGUCAAGCGCUGCGCGAUGGCACCGAGGCCACACUGCACGAGGUCAGCCGCAAGGGACAUGAGUAUCAGAAUGCCAUGAAUAGGGUGUCGGCCAAAAAAGAAAAGAAGGCCAACACCGAAUCGGCCAGCGAUAUGACCAAUUUGUCGGUACAGCAACAGCUCAUCAAAAAGGAAGAGGAGGAGGAGGAUAUGAACGACAACAGCUACGAGGAGCGCGUUCGAAAUUACGAGCAGAAACAGACUGCUCGCAACUCGGAACCAUUGGAUUUUACACAACCAGCUGACAAUGUCAACAGCACUACCGCGCAACCAUACGCAACCCCAAUAGUCUUAGAUAACCCAAGCGCAUCGUCGCCAAGCACAACUGGUGUCAGUCAGUGCUACGAGCCCUUCAAGCCACCUGCACCGCUGCACUUACGUCGCACCGUUUUGGAGGAUAUGCUGUCCGACAGCUACACUUCCCAUCCAAACAUUUCCGCCGUCAAAUUGGGCCAGAAGUCACCGCAUGGCGGUCAACUGCAUCUGACCAAGGGCAAAUGCUCUCCGCAGAAGCGAGAAUGUCCCUCCUCACAGUCCGAGCUUUCCGAUUGUGGAUAUGCUACUCAGGUGGAGAAUCAGGAGUCCAUAUCUACAUCGAGCAAUGAUGAUGAUGGACCACAGGGAAAGCCGGCGCAUCAGAAACCGCCCUGCAAUAUGAAGCCACGUAACAAAACACGCAACUUGAUGGACGCACCCAUGGACAAGAAGGAACUGCGUCGCAAGAAGCUGGUGAAGCGCAGCAAGAGCAGCCUCAUUAACAUGAAGGGUCUGGUACAGCACACGCCCACUGAUGAUGACAUUUCGAAUUUACUCAAGGAAUUCACCGUCGAUUUUUUGCUCAAAGGAUACAACUUUUUGGUGGAGGAGCUGCACUCUCAGCUAUUAUGUAAUGCGGUGCCCAUUGAUACAUCGCAUUUUUUCUGGCUGGUCACAUACUUUCUUAAAUUCGCCGCUCAACUGGAACUGGACAUGGAACAUAUUGAUACCAUACUCACCUACAAUGUUAUCAGUUAUCUGACCUAUGAGGGUGUCAAUCUCUGUGAGCAACUAGAGCUGAAUGCGCGACAAGAGGGCAGCGAUCUGAGGCCCUAUUUGCGUCGCAUGCACCUGGUGGUAACAGCCAUACGGGAGUUCCUCCAAGCCAUCGAGACCUACAGCAAGGUCACCCAUCUCAGCGAAGAUGAUCGCGAACGAUUGCGGCAUCUCCAGCUGCAGAUUGCCUCCACUACCGAUUUGCGUUGCUUGUUCGUUUUGUUGCUGCGUCGCUUCAAUCCCAGCAUCCAUUCCAAGCAGUAUCUGCAGGAUCUGGUCGUGACCAAUCACAUUCUGUUGCUGAUUUUGGAUAGCGCUGGCAAAUUGGAAGGCGGUCAUACUAUUGGAAUAGCGAAUCACAUCUCACAAUUCGCCACUUUGGAGGUGAUGCACUACUAUGGUAUUCUGCUGGAGGAUUUUAAUAAUAAUGGCGAGUUUGUUAACGACUGCAUCUUUACUAUGAUGCAUCAUAUUGGUGGCGAUCUGGGCCACACUGGUGUUCUCUUUCAGCCGAUUAUACUGAAGACCUACUCUCGCAUUUGGGAGGCCGACUAUGGGCUAUGCGAUGAUUGGUCCGAUCUAAUCGAGUAUGUUAUACACAAAUUUAUGAACACACCGCCCAAAUCACCAUUGACGCUACCAACUACUUCUUUAACCGAAAUGACUAAGGAACACAAUCAGGAGCAUACUUUAUGUACGUGGUCACAGGAGGAGAUGGAUACACUUUAUUGGUAUUAUGUGCAGAGCAAGAAAAAUAUCGAUAUUGUUGGCAAGAUCGUUAAGCUCUUCAGCAACAAUGGCAACAAGAUAAAGACCAGAAUUGCGAUUAUACAGCAGCUGUUGCAACAGGAUAUCAUAACAUUGCUGGAGUAUGAUGAUCUGAUGAGGUUUGAGGAUGCCGAGUAUCAGCGUACACUGCUGACCACGCCCUCAUCGGCCUCAACCGAAUCCGGCAUAGACAUUAAAGAUAGCGCCUAUGGCAAACCCUCGGACGAUGUGCAGAUUCUGCGCGAUUUGAUUAUUAAGGAGAACAAGUCACACCAUUUGGUGUGGCUGCAGAAAUUACUGCUGGAGUGCUGCUACAUCAAGUUGAUGAUGAAGUGUACCACGACUUUUCCCGCGGUGGAUCCCGUCAUGGAGCCAGUGGCCUAUCAUUGUAUUUUGAAGCACAAGUCUGUACCGGUGGUACAGUGGAACAACGAGCAGUCGACAACAAUGCUCUAUCAGCCGUUUGUGCUGCUACUUCACAAAUUGGGAAUACAAUUGCCGGCGGAUGCGGGUUCGAUCUUUGCCCGUAUACCGGACUUUUGGACGCCAGAGACGUUGUAUGGUCUGGCUAAGAAACUGGGAUCAUUGGAUAAACUGACACUCAAGUUCGAUCCCAGCGAACUGGACGAUACGGCCUCAUUGAGCGGUUCUUCGGGCUAUCACAAUACUGGGCCCCGCAACUCUCUGAGAUCCAUGAGCAGUUUGGAGGCCGAUAUCGCUGGAUCUGAUGAGCUGCCCGUCAUUCCCGAAGUGGAUUCAGCUGUGGAGAAGGCCGCGGCAGCUUCCUCAAUAGCCUCUUGCACUGACAUCUUUGCCGUGCCCAAGGCCAAGCAUUGUAACUCCAUCAUCAGAUAUACGCCGGAUCCGACACCACCGGUGCCCAAUUGGCUGCAGGUGGUCAUGCGCAGCAAAUGUAAUCAGCGACCGGGUUCAGCUGCAGAUAUUAGCGAUUGCGUCAGUUCCACGACAUUGACGGCCGAUGAUGAGGGCAUGGGCAAAUCGAAUUGCUCCGCAUCCCAGGCAUCGCAGACACUGUUGUGUGUUGCGAAUCCGACCAGCACACUGGCUUGCCUGACCAAAAUGGGCAAUAGCAGCUUCUCGGCGUCACAUAACGAAAACAGCAACAGCUCCGGCUGUGGUGGCACUGUGUCAUCGCAAUCCUUGGCAGGUGCAUUGAUGUGCACCUCUGUGGCGGACGCCAAUUUGGAUGCGGUGAUGAAGUCAUCGUUUGAACGGCUUGAUGUGACGGGUGCACACUUCGCACGGGCCAGCAACUUGGAUCAGGAGUACAGCGCUAUGGUGGCAUCAGUCUAUGGAAACGAGAUGGCAAACAGCGACAAUGUUUCAGUGGCUUCGGACUUGACCCGCAUGUAUGUCAGUGAUGAGGAUGAGAAUCUUGAGUUCCGAGAGCGAGAGCCGCUUUAUCAUUGAGCGUUAUCAUGGAGUGUGGCAGACAGAGAGGCAGUGACAAUGAGAGAAAGAGAAACAGAGUGAGAGACAGACUAAGUCCAAAUGAAGUUAAUCGAAUGAGUCGAAUGAUUCGAACUAUUCGAGUUAUGCGAUUGAUUCGAGUGAUUCAAAUGAGGCAGACAAAGGCAGACAAUGAGCAGGUCCAAAAGGUCCGAUUUAUGGCAGUAAUUUGAAGUACCUCAACUUUGAAAAUGUUUUACCUAAUCAAAACGUAUACCAUUCUAUAUCUAACUCUAUAUUGAAUAUUACAUUUGUAUUUACAGUUUACAAGAAUAAAAUAAAGAUAAGCAUUGGAGAUCAAACGUUUAUUUAAACUCUUGAAUGCAAAGAAUUUAAUAUAUUUAAGUAAUAUUUAUUUAAAUGCAAUUGAUUUGCCACAGCUGUGAAAACGUUGAAAAAACAACAACUUAAAUAUUAAAACCCUUCUUUUCCUUGCUAUUUGCAUACAAAUAUUAACAUUUUUAUUAACAGGCUUAGUAUUUAUUGACAAGUCUAUAAAAAGGUGCAUUAUAAUAUUGAAAAUAAAUGAAUAAUAUAUAUUAUAUUAGUAUAUACUAAAAUAAAUAUGUAUACGUAGCAUCAAUAUUGGAUACUGUAAUAUUUUAAGCAACCAUUUAAAAAUGGAUUAUCGAGUUAACAAUACAUAUAAAUGGGCAGUUCCUGGUUGAAAUAGUGCAAAUAUACACAUACCGUGAAAAUAUUUUUAAAAUAUUAAGCAAAAUAUGUUAGAUUAAAAGAUGAUAUAAUUAAGAUGCAAUUUUUGCAUUAUGUAACACAAAAACAAAAACAUUAACUAACAAACCAUGUAUUUUCUAUCUGAUAUCACCUAUGCUUAGAUACUCCUAAAAAUAAAGCUAUUCUUGUUGUAAUCAA